CUCUUCCUAGUUUAACUAGGAGAUUUUAUAUUUGGAAGUUUCUUUUUGUGUUGGUUUUGCUUCUUUAUUAGUAAGUACAAAGGAAGUUUCUAUAUUUGAAAUUACUGGUAAAAUCAAAACUUACUGAAAUUUAUAGAAAUAGGCUAAAAUGCAUUGAUACUUUAGAAUGUAAGUACUUGUAGUAGGUUUCCUGUCAAUUUUAGUUGAAAGGAAAAUGCAUUCUCUGCUUUGCUCCAAAGCACAUAAAUAUUUAUUUGAUUAGAUAAUAAUAACUGUGCUUCUUUACGUACCCAAUGAGCUUUAGCUCAAAUGGUACUUCCUCCCUUUGUAGUAAGGUGGAGGAUGAGGUCAUUGGUUCAUGUCCUACCUGUGCAUGUGUAAGUUACCAAUAAAAAUACUGUGAUUCUUCACGUAUUUAAGUUGUGAAACAUUUAUGUUUUGAUCUAUAUUUAGGGUGGACUUGAGGUCUUAAAUAUACAGAAGGCUUUGAGUCAUUUAGUGUGAUAAGUUAUUUCCCGGUUGAGAAUUGAUUUUCAUCACAAUUCUUCUCUUUGUGUGUGUGUGUUCUUACUGAUUGAAGUUCCAACCAUAUGGUCAUUGUUUUAUGAUGAGAACCCUUCAGUUGCAAUCAUCUUGUCAAAAACAUUAAUUAGUGAUAUUAUUGUGAGAUGCUGCUCAAAUACAGUAAUUUGGACGAUUUGAUGUCUUAAUUAUCUCUCAUUCAUAUUGAACACUUUACUACCAUAUAGUUACUUGAAGCUUGGAAGGUCAGCAGGUCCACAUUAUUACACCUUGCCUUAAGUCAAAUGAUUGAAUGACCAACAUUCCUUGCCAUUCUCUCCACUACAUAAAUAUUGUUUAGAAAUCAAAUUGAAUCAGCUAUGUAACUCAUGAAAUAUUAAGCAAUCAACUAUGCUUGUAUGAUAUAGGUAAUGUGAUGAACAUUCAGAAUUAAAUAUUGGAUUCGUGAGGAUCCAAACUAAGAAGAAAUCAACUUCCAUAAUAAUCCCUUAACAGAUGUCAGAAAUUAGUGAUGACAGGUUGUUACAUGACCUUGCACUAUUUACAUGGGUCCGAUAUUUGUUUUGCAAGGUGUUUGUGAGCAUUGAUGGCUGUCGUUGAGGGCGGAUUAUUGCAGAUAAGGUUGCUUUAAAGCUGUUACUGCAUGACGACCUCUUCUGCCAACUUUUUUUCCAUUUGUGCUUUCUGUGUUUCUCUUCUUAAUUGAUUUUUAUUACACUUGUCGUUUACCUUAAUUUGUCUCGAGCGCUAUGACCUGUCUUUCCCUAAAACGGCUAUAAAAGGAGGUGAGAAAUUGGGCAUUUUCAUCAUAGCAAGAUUGUUCUUGCACUUGCUAGUUUCCAUCUCUUCAUCUUAAAAAGUAAUUUGUUCUUUUCCUUGCUAGUUUCCAUCUCUUCAUCAUGAAAGUAGCCUUGUUGAGGUCUCAUUUUCUAGUUAAACAAUGAAUUUCCAUUUGGCAUCUAAUAAAGAAAAUUCUGAGAAGGGUGUGGAGAUCCAUUCAUGCUUCUAUUGCAAAAAGGUGUUCAACAAUCACCUGGCUCUUGGGGGUCAUCUAAGGGCUCAUCAGGAGGAAAUUAAUGCUAGGAGGAGCUGGAAUUAUCCUGUUCAUUCCAGUAAUUUCCUUGACGUUUCCAGCACUGCCCCUAAUCGCAUCUUGACGGGUCAGCCUGAAAAUUUCUCUGGAGGUGCUAGGAAUAAUCCAAGUGCACUUUUCAGUAGGGCGACCUCUUCUAUGGAUUUCUCUAAGUUCUGCUCAAAUGAAUCCAGCUGUAUCAAUGCUAGAAAGUACUUUGAGAACAAUGUUGGAAACGCCAUAUCUCAGUUUUUCAUGUCUCCAAAUCUUUCAUCCAGCAGUGGUGCCGAAGUUCAUCAUUCAAAUCCCUUAACCUCGUCACUUUUUAUUCCAUCUGCUAGCACUGCAACCACUGGUUUUCCUAUGGAUUCCUCAUUGUACUCCGGAUCAUAUGGAAUCUGUCAGUUUAAUACUGACGAAUUAAGAACAUUUAGAGAUGGUAAGCCACCAAACUUUCAGCAUCACUACCUUGGUGAUGGUCAGCGUUCAGGCCAAAAUGGAGUUAAUAAGUAUAAUGAGAGUAGUAUGUUAACUUGUGAAGGAGGUAAGAAACGCUGCUUAGAUGAAGUCCUGGGGAAUUCUGACAUGAUGAAUUCAUCAAAAAAGCCUCAGACCACCUCCAACCUACCUGCAGAAACAGAGAAGCCUCAGAAGAAAGAGCUACUUCUUUUUAAGGAUGUGGAGGAUUCUUUUUUUGGGUUUGGGAUUUCUUUUGAUGACAAAGAGGAAGAUGAAGCAGAUCUGGAUCUAUCUCUACACCUGUAGCUUUGUAUGUUUUUCUUUAUAACUGAAUAGAUGUAUGGAUGGGUUUGCUGGUUAUGUAUAUAUUAUGGUUUUGGUGUAUGGAAUUCUCUCUCUCUGCGCCUUUCUGAUUGAA